UUUAUUUCUCUGGAGCAAAAAAAAAAAAACAUUAAUUUUCCUUCUCCUCAGUCUAGCGUUGCUGCUGUUUCUUCGCUUUUGCUUCUCCGGUAGCAGUCGACUCGAGCGAGAGGAGAAAUUCAUGGUCCGGGAUAGCCCCUCUGCUUCCGUUUGGUGGGCAGUCUGGUUCUUCUACUGAAAUAGAGAAACCGAGACGGGGAGGGAGAGAGAGAGAGAGUUUUGUUCUUUCAUCUGUUUAGGGGACAAAUCCAUCGAAUUUCGAGCUUGUCGAGGUGUUUCUGUUGUUGGGGCUCCGGUGAUGGAGAGGGACUUUCUGGGUUUGCUCACUGUGAAAGAAGAGACCGCUGAUGUCACUGCUGAUUCCGUAUACAAUUCUGCCCUCAGUUUAUCAUACUCGGUACCUGAGCAACUGGUGAAUAGUAGAAUACAAGCACGGGGUAGAGAAUCGGGGAUGCAGUGGUCGUUCUCAAACAAAGCUCCAGGUCCCUCUCAGUACAUGUCCUUCUGGGCCUCUCAGGAAGACGGGCUAAGGAAGAAUGUCCAGGACCAGUUAGAUUCGAAUCAGAGAUCGAGCUCCAGCAGAGCCAAGAAGAAUGUGGUGAUCGAGAAGUCGGCUGGAACCAAUUAUCCAAUAUCAGUCUAUCCUAUGCAGCACUUCAGCACUCAUUCAAUCGGUCGGUCUAACGAAAUGAAAAUGUUCCCUUCUUCAAACCAGCCAAACCAGGCCAUCACAGUAAUGAUGAGCCCUCCGGUUGUUCAUUCUCGUGUUUCCUCCAUUGGACAGAACAUGAUUUGCUCGGCAAUAAGUCCACAGCCGCUUGGAGGGGUUCCAGUUCUGCCUCCUGUUUCUGUUCUUCCAACUUCCGGUUCCGUUAUUGGUUCCACAGAUCUCAGGAAUGGCAAUAAACAACACCACGGGCCUGCCCAAUUGACUAUCUUUUAUGCUGGUUCGGUUAGUGUGUUUGAUGACGUGUCUCCUGAGAAGGCUCAGGCUAUCAUGUUUUUGGCCAGCAACGGGCCUUCUGUAGCUCACCAUAAGACUGUUCCCGCAGCUGAAGUUUUGGGACCCUUCAAGAAGCCCGUAACAGAUGAAAACUCAAAUGGGAAUGGAAGUUAUUCACCGGCCUUCCUUGGCCUUCCUGGGGCAGUCUCAGUCUGCUCCCGUGCUGUUUCACCAUCACAAGGGAAGCCGAUCUGCAAUUUGGAGUUGGGCACAGCAAAAUGUAUGGGGUCCCUCGAGACUCCAGUCAUUGCCUGCCAAGAACCUCCCAAAUCGAUCCAUUCUCUAGGAUCUCCUUCGACACCUUUAUUCUCAACCGUAGUCGCCCUGCCUCAAGCUCGGAAGGCGUCUUUGGCUCGGUUUUUGGAGAAGCGCAAGGAACGUGUAACGAGCACUUCUCCUUAUCCCGUCAGCAAGAAAUCUCCGGAAAGCAGCAUCAGCAAAGUAUAGGACUAGGAAUUCUCGGGGACUCUGGUUGAGUGGAUACCAGUGCCAGACAUUUGCUCUAGGCGGAGAUUAUAUUGUACUCGUUCUUUCUUUCCCGAAUUCUUUAUAGUUUCGAGCUGAAAGUUUUGUUUCUGAUCUCAUAUUUGUCACGUUCGAUCACGAAACCUGUAAUAUUAACAGUUGUGUACACAUUGGGAGCAUAGUACUGAAGCCUAGUUGCUGUUCAAUGUCAGUACUCUCAAAAGUGUAAAAUAAUAAUGCUAUUAUUACUUUUUAGUUCAUUAUUUCA